ACCAUCGAAUACGCAAAGUUUCCUUCGUACGCCGAGUAUAUAAGCGACCUGCAGGGACCCGCUAACACACCAUUCGCUAAGGAGCAAGUACAAGAAGCCGUAGCCAUGAACGCUGGGUGCAUCGCCAUUAUCCUGUCUGCUGUCUUCGCCACCACAACGGCGGGUGGGCUUGGUUACGGAGGGUAUGGCCUUGGAUACGGCGGCGGCUACGGUGGUGGCUACGGCGGCGGCUACGGUGGUGGCUACGGCGGCGGCUACGGUGGCGGCUAUGGCGGCGGCUACGGCGGAGGCAUAGGCGGCGUGGGCGUGGGCAGCAGUGUGGCCCUUCUGCGCGGAGGGCCCGGACUGUACAAGGCUGUGGCCGGCCCGGCUUUCCUGGUCAGAACCGUGCACCAAGUGAACAAGCUUUCCAGCGGUGGAGCACUUGUCGCACACUCCGGCCUCGGAGGAGGCUACGGAGGUGGUUAUGGAGGUGGUUAUGGAGGUGGCUAUGGAGGUGGCUAUGGAGGUGGCUAUGGAGGUGGCUACGGAGGUGGCUACGGAGGUGGCUACGGAGGUGGCUACGGAGGUGGUUACGGAUACGGCGGCUAUGGUUACAAGGGCUGAGUGUGCUGUUUUGUGUGUUAGUGAUUUUUUAUUCAUCCUCGAAACGUCCACGCCAACAAACAGGGCGUCGUCGCCUCAUGGCCUGCGGAAGCUGAAUUGCGUCCAUUCAAUCUAGAAAGCUGACCGCCAGUCAAAGUAGGUGUACGGCAAACAAAGCUGUUGCAAACAUAGUUGGAGGAAUGUGUGGCAUCGCAACAAUCGCAUAAAUUGCUUAGAAUCAGUCUUGAAAAUUGACAGCCCGUCUCAUGAGACUCAACAUUUUGAUUCACCGAAUGUUGGCUCCACAAGAAAAGAGGCUGCGAUUUCACCAUAGUGUUCGUCGCAUUAAUUAUUUUUUAUUAGACCAAGCCUCGGCAAAGAAUGUUAGUUGGUCAAGACCUUAGUGCUGUCGGAAUUCCUAUACCUUUCAUCGAACUCAUCGAGAUCUCAUCUUCUGGAUGGCAAAGAAAGACGAAGCCGACAGCCUUGAACAUUGUUGUAUUUCUUUUCAUCACUCAGGGUAAAAUAAAUCUGUGUCUGCAUCAAGUUGAA